CGAUCUGCGACUCCUCUCUGUUGGGAGAAACGAGACUACGAGAAGAAGAAGAAGAUUUAGCCGACGAAUACAACAACAACAAUGGUGAAGGUUUUGACCUACUUUGGCAUGACAUUGGCUGCUUUCGCCUUUUGGCAAUCCAUGGACAAAGUUCAUGUCUGGAUCGCUCUUCAUCAAGACGAGAAGCAAGAAAGAAUGGAGAAGGAAGCGGAGGUAAGGCGGGUUAGAGCAGAGCUGCUACGGAAAGCUAGAGAAGAGGAUCCUCUCGCCUGAUCUUCUUCUUCAGUCAUGCUUUUGGGUUUCUUAUCAUAUCAGUUUUCACUUCUCCUGCACAUUUUGUCUUACUGUUAUGGACCAAAAUUGAGUUUGCAUAAAGUGACAUUACCAUA